AUGCCCUUGCACAGUCCCGACGAGAGCACGCCCACUUUCACAAGCUCUCCAACAACCGAUGAGCACCUCGACCAGUUCCUGACGAUUCCGUCCUCUUCGUCGACCGCCAGAGGGAGCGCGGCGCCCGUUCGCCCACUCAACUCGUCAGGGGUCCCUGCGUUGGGGACGCUGGGCCGUGGUGUUGGCGUUGGAGAUGGUGGCCCCAGGAACGGUCAUCGAUUCUAUGCGACGCAUUCGGAUAAACCUUUCGCACGCUCGGCCGCAAAUAGAGCUUCUGUGAUGACACUUCCUUCGAUCGAGUACUUGCAACAUCAAUACGUCAAGCUUGGCAUUCGCGACAAGACCGCUGCAAAGGCGACCCCUCUAGAGUCGGUCCAGCAAGACCCGCAUGCGUCGAUGGACUCUCAUCCCAUUCAUAUGCCAGGGUCUGAAUCAAAUCGUCUGCUAUCGAGCCCGCGACGUGUCAGCCCCGGGCCUCUCAAGUUGAUCCAGCAACACGGCCUGUCACGCUUAACCGAGGACGAUCUCCCGCCGUCACCUGCUCGCCCCGAGCAGGAACACAAAGUGCCGUGGGAGCAGGGACGAAGCGUCAAAGACGAGCGCGAGUUGAGAGCAGAAGUACAACAUCGUGUCAAGACCGUUUGCCAACAGUACGUGUGUAUGCGCCGCACAGGGCUGCUAUGACCUCCGCACUGACCAGGGAGAAGGAUGUCCCCCCCUUCCGCAGCUGGCACAUCUCAAUUCCGUCCUCGCUGAACACACUACGUUCAGUUCGAUCCGCCAUCGGUCUUCCAUUCGAGACGUCCAAUGCCGCGAUCGACAAACACGGAUCUUCUGAGAGCACCAAUCUCGUACCUCUUCUCCUCCAAUCGACGACGUCGGCGAUCCGAGCCGUGCAACGCUACGUCAUUUCACUUCCUUCAGACUCAAUCUCACCUGCGGCCCACUCCCCCGAGUGUCGAUCCCCAGUCUCGCCUUCCAAGCCCACCCGUCCAAUAUCGGCUCGACCACGCAUUUCUGUUCUCACGUCAGCUACAUCCCCGACUGCAACUACCAAUCGAUCGAGCGGAACUACGCCGCCCGACCCUCUGUCGUUCUUGCGUCACGCUUCUCUCGACCUUUUGGGGGCUCUACACGACCUCGAGAUCAAGUAUCGAGUCCUGCCUUCAUCUUCUCCGACUGAGCCAAUCGAUCAAAAUGGUGUCAAAUGUGGUGCGACGACUUCUUCAGAUAACUCAGCUUCACUCUCGAUACCCAACUCGUCAAGUCUUUCCGAUCUGUCCAUCAUUGACCCCGACGCGGUGUACGAGGAGGUCGAGCUAGUACAGCUGAGCAAGGAGACGGAGUUGGUCAAGGCAUGGGUCAACUAUGUCGAAGAGCUGCUCUCAAGACUUAGUAAACCUUCGACAGCCUCAAGGCGUGCCUCUGUGAAGCUCGAGUCGGCUCUCCCGACCAUGGGUGAAGCUAUGGAGGAUGAGCCACCGGCGUGGGCGAUUGGUGAAGUCGACGAGGAGAACGUGCUAGGUGAGAGAGCCUACUCUUUCCAAGAGCGACACUUACUCAUCCGAAGGCAAUCGCCUUCAGACCGUUUCUAUGCCGUCUUGGAGACACAUCUAGAUGCCGAACUCUUGGAACCCGUCCACAAGUCGCGCGAACCGACCAAUCUGCUGAGCUCGGGAUCGGGAGUUGAUGACCGAGGAGAAUGGCACAGAACACUCCUAGACGCACUGUCGUAAGGACCCUCCAGAUUGAGCGUUUGUGAGGAGUGGAUAUUGAAUUUGAUCGUAUGUCUACUUCGAUAGAAAUGGGUACCUGCUCCUCCUCGCGUUCAACUCGAUCGUCCGAGCUUCCGAUCAACCGUUUGGGUUUGUGGCUCCUACGUCGAUCCAUGCUUUCCCAACGGACAGCCACGCGACGAGGAAGCGACGAGUAUCGAUAGACGCUUCUGGUGAUAGCAAGAGUCCAUCUACGGGAAAACUGGGGGACCUGUACAGGAGGACCGAGAAUCUACAGCACUGGGUCGGGUGAGCGUUGCCUCAGUCCGCCGAAGUUCGUCAGAUCUGAAAGAAAAUUUACCCGCAGUGUCCUUCCCCCUGUAGAGCCAUCAAAUUCCGUUAUCUGAUCGAUCUCACCAAGUCAGGUUUGGACGCGAAAUUAAUCGCCAGGAAGGGGGGAGGAUGGGAAGUGCAAUUGAAGAGAGGGCUCAUGGAGUGGGUCGAGGCGAUUCUUUGCGAGAUGAGAACAGGGGACGCGAGUCGACGAGGCAGUGAGGAGCGCGGGUGA